UCCAUCCGUACAAAAACUUGAAAGUGCAUCUUGAUUUGUUAAAGCAGUACUGUAUGAUGUUCAUGUCUGAACGGAUGGCGAUGUGUCCAGGGACACGUCAAAAUAGUAUCAAAUAGGCGAGUUCGUAAGUGUAAUACCGAAUACAACAAAAGCGUACGACGUUUGGAACACUGACAACAUUUGACAUCACAUGUAACGAUCAUGUGCUGAUUUUUCAAAACGGUUUGCAUAAGUCUAUGACAUCGAACAAAACUAGUUAUCUAUUUAAGAUUUGAUACGUCACCAUUCACCUCAACACCAUCAUGUCUAUGUUUUGUACCGUAGUAUUUAACUGACUACUUUUUAGUGAACCACUCAAAUAUGACUGCAAUUUCAAUAUUUUAGGCCUACUACUUAUUUAUUUUAAGGAUUUCUUUAUUAAAUUAUACUGUAUCAGCAACCUACGGAUGGUGGUGGUAUAAUUUCCCCAUGGCUCUGCCCAGUUGCCUCCCUCCUUAAUACUGGCUGCUGCCACAUAAGUGAAAUAUCCUUGAGUGCGGCAUAAAACACCAAUCAAAUAAAAUAAAAUACUAAACUGUACUCAGAGAAUAGUUUACUAUUAUGAUUGCGACCAUGGAGAUUGAAUUAAUAGGUGGAAGACAGAGCUAUCACACAUGUGCACUGUGGCACACACAGUUUCAGCCAAGCCAAGUAGAGCUGGAUUUGAGCACAUGACCCUAUAGUUCAAGGGCUCUUACUGAGACAGCUUGUAUAAAUCACCUAACCAGCUAGCACCUCCUGUUACUGUCAUGUUUCCAUCUGAAUGUUGAAUGAAAACUCUUUCUGGUGUUGGUGUUUAACACAAUGGACCAACAAUAAGCUAGGUGCAUAUUCCAGUCUGGACACUGCUGUUGUAAAUGAUAUCUUCAUGUCCCAGUAGCUGUAGGGUUUGAACUCUACUAGGUUUAUUUGACUUACCUAGCCCAAGUGUUUGAAAAACAUCCUGCAUAUACGUGUGGUAAGAUUUAUAAACAUCAUUUGCACUGUUUUAUACAAAGAAACAGAACUAUCUAUAUCGUAACAUUGAAUUUCCAAUAUUAAAUUAUUUUGAACAGAUUUCUUGUAAUAUUGGUGAAUUACAUUUUAUGUUUCAUGGGCACCUGGCGGGAAAUGGAUGAAAUGAAAGGUUGAAUAUACAGCACAUAAACAACAUGAGGUUUGAGGUGCCAGCUCUGGCAGAUCUGUCACUGCGAUUAGUGGCGCAGGCUUUAGUUUGUGACAAAGAAGAGGGCAUCACCACAAUAUUUGAAUAUCUAAUUAACCUACUGAAAACUCAGGCUUUUACCAGUGUGACAGAGACUAUCCUGUCUCACCUGGUCAAGUGUCAUGCCAGUUACCUGUCUGAUACCUGUAUACAGGUGCUGUGUCCAUCUCACCUGAAACAACUCAGUUUCAGAGAGUGUAAUCAACUUACCUGGCCAGGUGUAAAAGAGGUUUUAUCAAGAUUGAACAGUCUGCAGAUAGUGAAUUUGUCUUUCUGCGAUCAGCUAAUGUCACCUGACCUUGACCUUACAAUUGAGGUUCACCUUUCAUCAACUUUGACCUGUGUCGCUAUGGAAGAAUGCAGCUCAUUAACGGAUAAUAUUGUUCAGCACCUUCUGGGCCAAGCUAAGUCCUUGCGGAAUUUGAACAUCUCCAGCUGUGAUAACAUCAGCGACAAAGUCUUCCUCCUUAAUGAAGAGCUUCAGCUAAGCAGAGAGGCUCUUGGGAGGAGCUCAGUUGAGUAUCCGUGCCGCCUGACAUCAGUGGACGUAUCAGGUUGUCGUAGUUUGACCAGCACGGUUGUCCGCCAUCUUGCCACUUUGACAGGUCCAACCUUGAGAUCAGUCAAUUUGUCCUGUGUUCAGGUUGACUGUAUGGCCCUCCUAUAUCUGUGUGGCUAUGGCCUGGUGUCGGCUGUCUCCCUCAUGUUUGGGGAGGAAAAUGGCCAGGGUUUGAUACAGGACAAAGAUUUGACAGAAAAUCUACUGGAAUUACAACUGCUGCAGGCUAGACGGUUUCAGUACAGUACGUGUGAACAGGACAGGCAGAACGUGAAGAUGUUGCCUUCAGUAGGUGGAGAAACUCACCAUACGACAUCUGCUGUUACUGAGUGGGACUUGAGGAAUCCGUUACGUAACCUUGAAUGUAGACAAGAAGCACCCAUUGAACACCACAUUCCCACUGAUUCAGUAGGGGAAUGUGCUAACAUGACAACAGCUAAAAUUAGAUAUCAGCAGAAAAAUGUGAUAACUGAAGAAAGUGAAGAUAGUACACUAAAAAGAACAGACUAUGUGAUUCUAGACAAUGGCUGUGACAUUGCAAUGGCUUUAGAAGCGUAUUCUAGUGACAGUAUCUGUAUCGAGGAAUUGGAAAACAGCGAAUCUGGCUUCGUUGAUGCAACCAAGACAAGUGGUACAAGAUUCCUGAAAUCAUGCAAUCAGAUUGGAGAAGAAAAAGGCAGCUUCAAAUCUGAGGCUGAUGACAUUACUUCGCCAAGCAAUGAAUGCAGCUGGAAUUUGCAAAUCAGUCAUAAUGCUGACGAAUCUGCUGACUUUCUACUCAGUGCUAAGUUCUGCCCUGAAGCAAAGACUGUUGUACAAAACUUUUCUUGUCCUUUGGCUGAAAAUGCAUGUCCCAUUGCUGCCUUUUUGCCUUCUAAUAGUGAUAUCUCGGCAACGAACGUGAAUAGUGAUAUCUCGGCAAUGAAUGUUAAAAGUGAUAUCUCGGUAAUGAACAUGAAAAGUGAUGUCUUGGGAAUGAACGUGAAUAGUGAAAUUUCUGUAGCGAACGUAAAUGAUGAUAUCUCGGCAAUGAAUGUGUAUGAUGAUGUCUCGGCAAUGAAUGUUAAUAGUGAUAUCUCGGCAAUGAACCUGAAUGGUGAUGUCUCGACAGUGAACAUGAAUAGUGAUAUCUCUGCAAUGAAUGAUAAUAGUGAUGUCUCGGCAAACCAAACAAACUGUGAUACACUUGACAACAAGAUUUGA